UUAUUUUCGGCUAUCUUCGUUAAACCUCGUCUAUGUACAAAAUUUCGCCUGUAUAAGAGUCAAGAAAGGAUAAAACUUCAAGCGUUAAACUUAAAUUAAUUAAAGUGAACAAAUUAAAAAAGAAAAGAGUUAAUCAUCAUGUCUAUCAUAACAGUUUUAAGACAUAAUAUAAAUUUUAAUACAUUAUCAAUGUAUUCAUACGUUUGUAAGAAUUCACGAUUUCUAUCAUCCUAUAUAAAAUUUGCGGAACAUAAACCAAUAGAAAAAAUUCGAAACAUUGGCAUAUCCGCACACAUUGAUUCUGGGAAGACUACGUUAACAGAACGUAUAUUAUUUUAUACUGGAAGGAUAUCUCAAAUGCACGAGGUGAAAGGUAAAGAUAAUGUGGGAGCAACAAUGGACAGUAUGGAAUUAGAAAGACAAAGAGGCAUUACUAUUCAAUCAGCAGCCACUUACACAUUAUGGAAGGAUCACAAUAUUAAUAUCAUUGAUACUCCUGGUCAUGUAGAUUUCACAGUUGAAGUAGAAAGAGCUUUACGUGUUUUAGAUGGAGCUAUUCUUGUAUUAUGUGCUGUGGGUGGUGUUCAGUCUCAAACACUAACGGUAAAUAGGCAAAUGAAAAGGUAUAAUGUACCUUGCUUAGCAUUUAUUAAUAAAUUAGACAGAAUGGGUGCGAAUCACAAGAAAGUAGUACAGCAAUUGAAUGCUAAAAUGGGCCAUAAUGCUGCAUUUCUACAAUUACCAAUUGGUUUAGAAAGUAAUAUGAAAGGAAUAAUAGAUAUUAUUUCUCAAAAAGCAAUAUACUUUGAGGGAGAAUUUGGUAACCAGAUCAGAGAAGAUGAAAUUCCAUCAGAUAUGAGAAGUGAGGCAGGUAACACUAGACAAGAAUUAAUUGAACGUUUAAGUAAUGUUGAUGAAAAACUUGGAGAAAUGUAUAUAAACGAUGUAAAAGUACAGAAUGAGGAUAUUAAAAAUGCUAUUAGAAGAAAUUGUAUUAAGAGAAAAUUCACACCUGUUCUACUUGGAACUGCAUUAAAGAACAAAGGUGUCCAACCAUUGUUGGAUGCAGUUUUGGAUUAUUUACCUAAUCCUGGUGAAGUUGAAAAUUAUGCACUUCAAGAAAGAGGAGACGAAACUGUUAAAGUGUUAUUAGAUCCUAAGAGGACCUCUGGAAAUCCAUUUGUUGGAUUAGCAUUUAAAUUAGAAGCUGGCAAGUUUGGUCAAUUAACAUAUUUCCGCUGUUAUCAAGGAAUGUUGAGCAAAGCAGAUUAUAUAUAUAACACUAGAACUAAUAAGAAAGUUCGCGUGCAAAGAGUAGUACGACUUCAUUCCAAUCAAAUGGAAGAUGUAAAUGAAGUUUACGCUGGAGACAUUUUCGCAUUGUUUGGGGUAGACUGCGCAUCUGGUGAUACAUUUAUCAGUAAUCUCAAUUGCUCGUUAUCACUGGAAUCCAUGUUUGUGCCUGACGCUGUAAUAUCUAUGUCCAUUCAACCAAGGAACUCAAAGGACAGGGACAGCUUUGCGAAAGGAAUUGCAAGAUUCACUAAAGAAGAUCCGACUUUAAGGUUUCACUACGAUGUAGACAUCAAGGAAUCUAUUAUCUCGGGAAUGGGAGAGUUACAUUUAGAAAUCUAUGGGCAAAGAUUGGAACGGGAAUACGGGUGUCCUGUUACUUUUGGAAAACCAAAAGUCUCUUUCCGAGAGACGCUGAUGAGUUCUUGUGAAUUCGAUUAUCUUCAUAAGAAACAAACGGGUGGAGCUGGUCAGUACGGUCGUGUCACCGGAGUGAUAGAGCCACUGCCGCCUCACGAGAAUACCAAACUCGAGUUUGUGGAUAAAACGGUAGGAACCAAUAUUCCUAAACAAUAUGUCCCUGCUGUAGAACGAGGGUUCAGAUCAAUGUGCGAAUGUGGACAUCUUACUGGUCACAAAGUAGCCGGUGUUAAAUUCAUACUGAAGGAUGGUAUGCAUCACUGUGUUGAUUCCUCGGACUACGCAUUCUUUCUAGCAGCGCAGGGUGCAGUGAGAGAUGUGUACCAACAAGGAGCAUGGCGGCUGCUGGAACCGGUUAUGACGGUAGAAGUGACCGCCCCUUCAGAAUUUCAAGGAACAGUUAUAAGUCAGAUCGCGAAACGAAGCGGAAUUAUAUUAAACACGGAUACUUCCGACGGAUGGUUUGCCUUAGAGGCCGAAGUUCCGUUGAACGAAAUGUUCGGUUAUACAGGAGAAUUAAGGUCCCUUACACAAGGCAAAGGAGAGUUCACUAUGGAGUACGCGAGGUACAGCCCUUGCCAAUCAGCUCUAGAGGAGGAAAUGAUAAGGCAGCACCAAGAAUCGCAUAAUUUGAAUACCAAUGUACGAAAAAGAAAUCAAUGAAUAUACGAGGUCGUACUAAACUAGGAAUCAAUUUGACUUUGUAUAUUAAACGACGUUGUAAUAAACUAACUGUAGCUUUCUAAAUAUAAGUAUAUUUGUAACGGACAGUACGCAAUUACAAUCCGAAGUAUGUCUGGAGCUGGUCCUCCAUUCGUUACAAAACCGAUGACGAUAAAAUACGAAAGAACGAAUUAUUUUAUUUAGUACCUUUCACUUAUCGAUCACGAAUUACUCCGAAUGAAAAAUUACACAACACAUGCCUUGAAAUCACGAUGAUUUGAAUUACAAAAAGAACAUAGAAAGAACUAUUCCGUUCAAAUAUACCGACGUUCGCACGAUCACUGUCCGCUUUAACCUGAUUUGACGCGGUGAAACUUAAUUUAAUUAUAAAGUCUGAUAUUUAAUGUUGAACUUUGUAUAACGCCUCGAUACG